GCUGGUUGAACUUUGUUCUGUAUUGAUGAGUAGUUUAGUGAUCAGAGUCCAUGUAGUUUCCAGGAUCAGGCUGAAUCCAGACCAGUGCUGUAAGCUGCUGUUGACUGUGUCAAUGUGUGUGUGCUGUCAAACUUCAGAUGAGCAGGUAGUGAAGCCCGUGGUGAGCGUGUACCCAGCAGCAUCCAGACCCAACCAGGAGGGGAAGAGCUCACUGCUGUGUCUGGCCUCAUCCAUGUUUCCUCCUGUGGUCCAGUUCUCCUGGAAAAGACAGAAGAAGGGCGGCUCUCUGGAGGAGCUGACCUCUGCUCAGGGAGAUCAGCUGGAGCUCAGAGAGUCGGGACGCAGAGCCUCCAUCAGACUGGUGGAUAGAGAUGAUCUGUACAUGUAUAAAUACAUCUGCUCCAUCAAGCAUGAGGGAGGCACAGUGGAGGAUACAUUGGAAGAAAGAGUGGAGGACAGAGUGGAGGCCCAAGCACUACAAGGGGUUCCAGCUCCAGCAGCCUCCUGUCCUCCAGAGAGAGAGCCAGCAGACCUGGCAGCUCUGCAGCAACAUCACUGUAAGAUCACCUGCUGCCUCUCUGCAUGGACAGCUCCAAUGUCCAAUGAGGACACUAGAACAACUUCACACGAUCAAUCUGACACUUGCACUAAUUCAUAUCUGUGUGUGUGUGUGUGUGUCUGUCAGUGCCCUUCCAGUCUCAGUGCAGGGUGAAGCUGCUCUGUCUGCUGUACACAGUGCUGAUAGUGAAGAGUCUGGUGUACUGCUGUGGACUCUCUCUGCUGACGAGCCUCACAAACAGGGGACUGUCCACCAGCUCCACACAUGCUGACUGACUGUUUUCUGCUCCUCUUUUCUCUCCAUCACAUCUCAUCACUUCAUCUCAUUCAUCACUUUCAUCAGUUUUCAGUAAAUGUUGUUGAAAUGUUCUUCUUUGUAAUCUGUAUCUGUUCAUUCACGUGUUGAUUGUCGUCCUGUAAAUAGAAACACAUAUAUUCACAUAGAAAUCUGCUCAUAGAACGUGUCAAUUCUCGAGUCGUCUAGUUUAUUUCCACUUUUAACUGGGACUUGUAUCAUAAUGAAAAUGAAGCUGAAUCAUCAUCAGUUUCCAGCUGUUUCUUCUGCUCUUGUGUUUCUUUCUAAUAAAUGCAGACUCCACCAGGCUGCUCUUUAGUUUCACUGGAACACACUCAAUAAACACGAGAAACCGACACAA